AUGAAUAAGGUUGAAGAAGAAGAAAAAAAGAGGAGACUAGAAGCAAAUGGAUUGUUUUGGACAGAACGUUUGUUUCUGUUUCUACUUGUCAUCUUCCCAACAUACCUCUUAGAUCUUAUCAUCCCUAUCAUUCUCGCCACUACUCUUUUCGCAUUACCAUUCUUCUUCUUUUGCACUAGUCUCUCUUCAGUUGGACCAUCAGGUAUUGGAAAAAUCUGGCUGUUUAUAUUGGACCGCUCUACGUUUUACUUAGCCUAUGAGUAUUAUAAACUAUUGGAUCGAGGCUUUGAGCUUACCUUCCUCUGGCGUCUCACCGUUUUCCUCUCCGUUGUGAUCCACUCGAUUUACAUGUUCGAGCAUUUCCUUAGAUCUCAUCAAGUCGUACCACCUCCUCCUCCACCUCAAUCUAAGAGUGAUGAGACUCCCGGUGAAGUGCGCGAGCAAGUGGAGAAGAUGAAGGAGUUAGUGGAAGAUGGGAAGAAGAGGGUGACAGUUAUGCAGAACAUAAUCCACUCAGUUCUUGAAACUCAAAGAAAAGAGUGGGGAGAAUUUCUUGAUGAGUUGAGCAAAGAUGGGAAGAAGACAAUGACGGAAUUAGAUGGUAUGAUCUGCUCACAACUUGGAACUCUGAGGGACAACAUGCGCCACAAUGUUGACGAGAUAUGGCAAGAGCUCCGAGAUGAGUUGAGAUCUAAAGUCGACGAGGAUAUCAAAGCUUCGAGACAAGAUCUAAACAAAGAUGUUAAAUCUGUGGCCGAUCAACUCCGCGAGACCUACCUUGCCGUCCAAGAAACCAUCAAAGAAGCCAAGACCCACGAAACCUACCUUAUCAACCAAAACAAUAGACGGGUGAUAAGAGGCGAGGACGUUGAGGGAUUUACCGAGCUGAGGGAGCAAGUGCAACAACUGGCGUUUGAGGCGGAGAUUACCGCAGAGGAGCUCUCAAGUGCGACGGUGGAGUUGGUGGAGGCAGGGAUCGAGCAAUGGGAGGAGGACAACUUCGACUAUAUUACUACCCUCCGUCACAUGUAUCUCGAUCAUAUCUAG